AUGUCAACAAUUGAAAGUGAUAAAACUGAAUCUAAAACAGUAAAUUUUGAUGAAACAAAUUUAAGUCCAACACGUCCAAGUGGUGAUUCUGAAAAUGAUGGAAAAAUUGUUUUUCUUCUUAAAGCAGCAGGUGGUGCACCAAUAUUAAAAAAGAAAAAAUGGGCAUUACCAAGAUCAAAAACUAUCGGUCAUAUUGUUGAAUUUCUAAAAAAAUAUAUGCAAUUAGAUGUUGAACAACAAAAACAAUUAUUUCUUUAUGUUAAUCAAACAUUUGCACCUGCAUUUGAUACAACUAUUGGUGCAGUUAAUGAUUGUUUUAAUAGUGAAGGAAUACUUGUUUUACAUUAUACAUUUACACCAGCAUGGGGAUAA